AUGCAAGAUCCAAAUGCCGAUACAGAAUGGAAUGACAUCCUCCGUGCCAGAGGUAUUCUCCCGCCUAGACCAGGUCCAACCGAGGAGGAGAUUGCGGAUGAGAUGGAUAGAGCGAUAGCUGCUGCGCAGGAUAGGCAUUUGGAAGAAAAACAACUUGACGAGUUGGAUGAAUUGGAAGAUGAAGAGGAUGAGAGGGUGUUGAUGGAGUAUAGAAGAAUGCGUAUUGCUGAGAUGAAGGCUCAGGCUAUGCGGGAGAAGUAUGGUGAAGUGAUACAUAUAUCCAAACCCGAGUUUGUAAAGGAAGUCAGUGAAGCAAGUAAAGACGAUUGGGUCGUUGUGCAUUUAUACAGAGAUGACAUCCCUCAUUGCAGACUUGUUAAUAGUUAUCUGAAUACUCUUUCUAAAAAAUACAAAUCAACAAAGUUCGUUAAAAUAAUUGGAGAUCAAUGUAUUCCCAAUUAUCCAGAUAAAAACCUCCCCACCCUGUUGGUUUAUGGAGAGGGUGAUAUCAGAGCGCAGGUUGUUGGGCUGGCUCAAUUAGGUGGAGAUCGUGGAGGAAUAGAAGGUGAGUGA